AUGGACAAAAAGAGGAACCUCGGACGUCUGGACUGCAAUUGGGACACCUGCAGUCCAAGGAAUAGAUCUGUCUACCUAUGGCACGCAGGACUCUGGACAGCCUGUCGGGAGUCUUAUACCGUCGUAUCAAAGUAUUGGAAAGAAUACGGCUGGCCUGACGUACCUGCUCAGAUGCAAGAUCGCAACCGCGGCGGAAGAAAUUGGUUCAUGUUUGAGGAAUUAUUUGUUAACUGGAAACCGAUCUCCGUUCUUGCCGAAAAUCCUCAAGGCCAGAGAAAACUACAAAAGUUUCGGAAGCUUGCUGUCAAAUUCGAUCCCUCCUGGAACGACGAACUGGCUAUAGCCACCCGCAAUACCCGCAUUAGUCAAUUUUCCCCUGCGCUCGCGUUUAUGAUCAGAGUGCUUCUCGAUGUGGCAUAUCAACGUGUCGACGGGCCAAAGCUUAUGGUGAUCGACGAUGUCUCGCAGUGGGCGACACUUAGGCGUCGAGGGAACCCCUUAAGAGCCGCUGACUGCGGUCACGGAUCACCUCGACUUUUUGUUCAUACCCAAGCUACAAAGAAUUUGCAAUACGGAUAG